AAAAGUGUAGAGUAUUCCAUCAUAUAUUUUCAAAAUAAAGAUAUGAAAAUGGCGGGCUAAGCAUAUCGUCUCUCAGUGUUCAAAUCUCAAAGAAAAGCAAGCAGAGAGUUUUUGAGAUUGGGAUGAAGAUCAGCGUAGGGGAAAUUACUAGGAACAAAAUGGAGGAACUUAGAUUGGUUUGUGACAGGGAGAUUCCAAUUCAACAGCAGAGAAUCGAUGCUGCCACUCGUUCCUUCAAAAAAUCUCUCGAUUCAACCAAGGCACAAGCACAAGAAACUCUUCAAUUACAGUCAGCAAAACUUGGCAAGUUAAAAGUUGAGCUGAGGGAGUUGGAAGACAAAUUGGUGAAAGCACUUGCAGCGAAGACCCGAAAAGAGGCAAAGCAGAUAGCAGUAGCAGACUCAAUAUCUGCUACAAAAGAUAAAGUAGAAGAACUUAGAGGGGUUGUGGAAAACCAAAGGGCCAGAAAAGAUGAAUAUGCAGCCAUAAUAUCUCAACAAGCUGAUGAACUCAAAGCAUGUGAAGAAAAGCAUAAUCAGACUGCUGAACAGAGAGAGGAAAUAGAAGAGGCUAUUGCGUGGUAUAAUAAGGUGCUUGGAUUACGUAUUGAAUGUGGCCAUGGAGUGAAAUUCAUAUUUACCAAUAUUGAUGCCAAUAAUCAGGAUAAGGAGUACUUUUUUACCGUACGUCAUGAGAAUGAUGUGUAUACUUUGAUUGAAUGUGAUCCACAACUAAAUGACGCAAAAGAGCUGCUCAGAGAGUUAAAUACAAGCAAUGGACUGUUCAAGUUUGUCAGGACUAUGAGAGAAAAGUUUCAAGCAGCCGUAACACAUGGAACAUUUCCUGAUAUAGCAUCCCGCGAUCAAGACACUUUCAUGAUCUCUGUGUCUGCCCCAGUUUCUUCCAUGUCAACUGAUAGUAGAAGUGAGUUUUUAUCCCAGCAACAGGAGCAUCAAUCUGAUGAACAUAACAAAAAUUCCAAGAAACUUGACCGUGCCAAAGGGAGUAGGGCAGCACUCCUAUCUCCUGGAUCUGCGUCAUCUCUCCGGCGUUCUCCUCGUUUUAAGGUCAAAAGAUGAUAAUGGUUGCACAGUUUCGUUUGAAGUUGCUUAGCCAUCAAGUUCUCAAGUCGUGAUAAGCAAAAACCUGAUUUGCUUCUACGUGAAGGUUAGGAUCAGUAACCGGUCAAGUCAAAUGGCUACCUGAUCAAAUGUUUAAAGCCUUGCUGUCUUUGCAAAACGGUUCUGGUGGCUGACUUCAUUUCUUAUGUCCAAGCUCUGUUGACUUUUCUCUAUGAUCCAUCUUAUGACUUUCGAGUUAGUCAUUAUUUAUCUUUGUAGCUAUAUAUGUUUCCACUUAUUUUUUUCUCCACAAAGACAGAUCCUUUUUCUUUUUGUACAUUGUAAUGUACCAUCAAAUGUUUGUAAUGUAGAAUAGAGAUUGCUUAGAUUCUG